CAAUUUCACUGCUUUGCCUUGCUCUUUUGUCUUCCAGUUCCUCCUUCAAAGCCCCUCUGCAGUUUCGUUUCAAGCCACCAUCCGAAUAUUGAAAUUGGCCACUUGAUCACUUUAUCCUGCAUUUCAGAAAUUGGUCUGCCAAUUCCAACCUACAAAUGGUACAGACUAAUUGAUGACAAAGCGAAGCCUGUAACUGAGUUGUACAACCCUUACUCAGGACACUUGGUUCUAGGCAACCUGACCCAGUUUGAAGAAGGCUAUUACCAGUGUACAGCUACAAACGCUCUUGGAAACAGCUCCUGUCACUUUGACCUCACCACAAAACAUUCAGAAAGCGGCAUUAUUGUGGGAGCAUUAAUUGCGGCGAUUCUGGCCGCUGCCUUGAUUUGUGUCAUUGUCUGGAUUCUGAUCUCCAAAGAGAAGAAGAAGAGAAAAGAGAAACCUGUAUUCAAGGAAAUGCAGACUAUGCCUGCAAAGGCGGAAUACGCUGCGGUGCCCAGCCAGACUAGUGUUCCUGUGGCUGCAGUCCCACCAAACAAGGAGGCGAAUGAGGGCGGUGAAUAUGAUAGCCCCGAAGAGGCCCAAGUUGCCAUAAUCCCUGAAAAUGAGACGCAGGAAAUGGGCCAACAACCAGUUUCCUAAAGUGGGUGGUUAUCCCUGGGGGGAGCCUAAAAAAAGCAGGCCAUCUAAUAGUGAAUUAGCACGCUGCUUCCAUAUCUGUGCCUUCAAGAUAGCAUCAUUAUAGCUCCAAAUCCAUUGGCCCUCGGGUAUCUUUCUCUUGCCUUCUGUUCAUUCCACACGAGCUCAUCAUCUGACCAGAUCCAUACCUCAUACAGGAUUGUCUAAAACCAUGGUUUACUGACUAAACCACAGCAGCUGGGUAUCUGAAUCACCUUAAGCCAGAACAAAGGAAACCCAUAGCGUGACUAGGUUGGCAGUGACACCCUGGACCAACCAAACUGGCCAGCCACGUUAUUAUCCUAACACAUGGUACAAACCCAGAAAAUGGCUUAAUUCACAAUUCAGUUGGUUGUGCAAAUCCGAAAGAUUGUAUUCAUUUACCAAACCACACCCCAAUUGUGUGAAUGCAAUCACUUAUUUAGCAUAAGGUGUGAAUCUAGCACAUCCAACUUACUAGUACUGUAUUAGUUAACACAUCCUGAACUGCUGCCAGGCACAUAGCCAUCAGGACGGUGCGUAGCUUUGGAUUCAAGUCCACAAAGAUGUCUGGGAGGGUGGACAGUGUGCCUCUCUGCAACUCUUUAAAGCAGCUGCGUCUUUCCCAGGGCCGAGCAGCAGUGGAAAAGACAAGGCUGCUUUAAGAGUUGCAGACAAGUGCUAUCAGCAUAUAACCAUAUGCUCCGAAGCACCUUUUUGGAAUCAAAUCUGAAGCAUUGCACAGCUUGAACGCUUUAGCCACAGUGAUAAAUCCCAUUUUUUUCCGAAGAUGGCAUUGUCAAUGACCUCACGAAUUGUACAGCCUCAACUAGUGAAGAAUACCUUUUCUAUAACUUGCUUUUGGACAGCUGGGGUAUUUUUUUUAAAACCAAAGAGUAGCACACACCUGCCCUCAUGUUCAGCAGUGAUCACCAGUGUAGCCUUUCUAAUACAGAGCAGCAGGAGAAGAACAGAGAUCUAGUUGGAGAUUCUUUUGUUACUUCAAAGAACAAUAAAAUGUUUAUCCAA